AUGCAGCACAAUCUGGGACAGCUUGAAAUACAGGUUUACUCUCAAACUCUGUGUAUCAUUGUAGUCACUUCCAUGGAAGGCUCUCCUACCGCCACCGCUCAAACCACAGACUCUCAGGACCGGUCAGAAGGACGUGUGAUGAUAAGACACCAGUCAAUAACUUCUGAAGAAUCAUCCCACACAGAUACAGACGCUGCCCCUCAGUCCGACUCUGUCCCGCCACAAUACAUCAGGGUAGCAGAAAGCAGCUGUCCUGAUCAGGCCUUUAUGCCACCUCCUUCACUACCAUCCCUCAUGGAACCAGAAGAGGGCAGAAAAAGUCCAGUCGCAGCCAGUGACCGCAGUGUCAAUGUACUGGAGAUUCCCUUUAAGAUGAAUAUCUCCCUGGAGCCCCUCUUCACAAGAGAGACUUCUGAUUUGGGAAAAGAGGGGCCCCUCUCAGAGCAGGAAAAGCAGAAAGACAUCAGUCAAGAAUUACAGAAAGAGUUAGUGGUGGUGAACUUAGGAAAAAUCCCUGGAGGAAACAGCAAAGGAGAGAGUCGUCAGAUGAAGGACGCAAAGCUUCUGUUUGAAGCAUUCCAACAAGAGAAAACGGAGGGUCCUACAAGGAUCAGGAAACCACAGGCCUCACUGCCACACGGUCAAGUCUAUCCAUCUGUGUUGGAGCGCACACGCAGCCUGGAGAGGUUUUCGCAGAAAAUAUCUCCUAUGUUAAGAACACAUUCAUUCCGUCAAGUGUCAGGCUUCGAAAAGGAGACACAUCCUGAAACAUUCAGGCCACUAAGUCCGUCGAUAAGAGACAAAACACGUUUAUGUCCUUACCCCAAACAUGAAAAACGCCUGCAUAAAAGUAUGGAUGCCGUUGAUGUAAACAUGCCCACAGCAGCAGGUGUGAACAACUCUAAGAAAGAACCACUAAGAGAAAUGUCUCUACUCAUAAAGGAAAAUCCCUUCUUCAAGCUCCGUCCCGCCCUGUCUCUGCAGCCAGAGGUGGAGAAGGACAUCAGGGAGGCCAAAAAACGAGAAGAUGAUCUGCGCAAACAGAGAUCUAGCCUGUACGGAGAGAUGAAACUUGGCAGCAAAGACGAGCGAGGGUAUACAGCUGACCAUAAAACAGAUUCCAUGCAUAAAACCACAGGUCGACUAGAGUGUGUGUGGCCUCCACCCGCCAAGAAAGACACCACACAGACUGAGCAGCAGGAGGCAAAAGUUCAGCGAGCCCUGGGACCGAGAGCGGCACUUUGGCAGCGCUGGGAGACGGGCUUGGUCAACAAACCAUCACCUACAACCCACAACAACGAAGACAACGACAAAAACACCUGA